GUCAGACUUCAUCAGAGGGAGUCAGCCUCCACACUCCUCCGUCAGACCUUAGGAGGGGAGGCUGGAUCACAGAUCCCACCUCCGGUCUGCUGCCCAUGGGACCCGUCAGGUGAGCGCGAAUGGCCCCUGCUUCGUUACGCUUCACCGACGCAACGUUCGGACCAGCCGGCAGUAUGCCUUCGACGAUUUGUUCGUCCAUUUUUCGCCUGGCCAUGUUUUCCUCUGUGUGUGGUCAACUGUUGGGAGACUCUGAGACAGACCGAGUACAAGACCUGAUGUCAAGAUACCCUCUAAUUGACGGGCACAAUGACCUGGCCCUACAGCUGAGACGCCACUACCACAACCUCCUGAGUCGCGUGGACCUCCAGCACCUCCCCUCGAUGGCCACAGACAUCGCCCGCCUCCGUGCCGGGCGCGUGCAGACGCAGGUGUUUGCUGCGUAUGUGCUCUGCGGGGCCCAGGAGAAGGACGCAGUCCGGCUGACCCUGGAACAGCUGGACGUGAUCAGACGCAUGUGCACAGAGUACACAGACAUGGAGCUGGUCACCACUGCAGAGGGACUCCGCGGGGCAGAGUCAAGGGGUAAGAUAGCGUGUGUGCUCAGCAUCGAGGGAGGUCAUUCCCUGGACAGCAGCCUGCCCACUCUCCGGAUGUUCUACCUGCUGGGGGUCCGCUCCAUGGCCCUCACACACAACUGCAACACCCCCUGGGCCGGGUCCUCCUCAGAUCUUUAUAAUUUCUAUCAGAGAGAGAACAACACCCUCACUCUCUUUGGUCAGGCGGUGGUGCAGGAGAUGAACCGACUGGGGAUGAUCGUGGACCUUUCCCACAGCUCCUGGGAGACGGCCAGGGCGGCCAUCAGCGUCUCCAAGGCUCCCGUGGUCUUCAGCCACUCCUCCGCCUACGCCAUCUGCAACCACAGCCGCAACGUCCCCGAUUGGCUGCUGCAUGAACUGAAGAAGAACCGUGGUCUGAUCAUGGUGACUCUCUUCAGUGACUUUGUGGCCUGCGAGGGUCAGGCUAAUGUGUCUUCUGUGGCCGACCACUUUGACCACAUCAGAAACACGAUUGGAGCGGAGUUUAUUGGAAUAGGGGGAGACUAUGAAGGCGUCCUUCGAUUUCCUUUGGGACUAGAAGAUGUCUCCAAGUAUCCCGUCCUCAUCAAGGAACUGCUGCGCAGGAAGUGGCCCGAACAGGAAGUGGCGGGUGUCCUGCGACAGAACUUCCUGCGUGUUUUUGACGAGGUGGAAAAGGUGCGUGAUGAGUUGAGGUUGAGCCCGCCGGGUGAGGCGCAGAUCGCCCCGGAGGAGGUGGAUCACCCGUGCAGACUGGUGCUCCGCCCGCCCCGUCCUCAAGCCCCCACCUCGGCUCCGUCCUCGGGACCACCACGGUUCCUUUCGGUCGCGCUCCUGCUGCCCGCCAGCCUCCUCGCUCUUCAUUGAUCCGGGCUGAAACUCGGGCUGAGGAUCCUGAAUCUCAUCAUGUAUCGCUGUGCUAUAAAACAAACCCUUAACCAAAACGUAGAGCCAUCUUUCGAAAACUAUUCUUUUAUGAUUCAUUUUGAUAUCUUAUAUUUUAUAUUCAAGAUUUAUUUUACAAAACACUGUUUAUCCUAAUAAAGAUAUUAGCUGGACUGAAGAUUAUAAGAUAUAGGGUAUCACUUUGGAAUACUUGCAUCUUUGAAGCAUUAACAAUGUAGUAACUAGACAAUUCAGCAUUUAUACACCGAUACUUCAUGCAUAAUCAGUUAAUUAAAUUAUUAAUAAAAAAAUGGAAGAACAAACUAUUGACGUGUUAACUGAUUAUGAAUAGCAUGCCAAUGAGUAUUCAUACUUGAUAAAUGAGAAUCACUAUAAAUUCUUAAAGGUUUCAGUUAAGUGUUACCGAGAUUUGGUGUAUAACUUUAUGGCCUUAUAAAACUAGCAGAGUUCAUGUAGCUAUUUCUGUUAGACUCAAAUCAGGCAGGCAGCACACACAAUCUGCAGAGUUAUGCUGUUUGAUGAAUAAGUAUUUGAUUGCAAGUGACUGUUAUACAUAAGACACUCAACUUAAGUUGACAAAUCAAGGAAAAGCUAUCCAGUUGACAAAAUACAAGACUCCAGGCAUUCCAUUUCCUUGGUGUUUUAUUUAUUAAUACAAAAGGUAGUCUUUCCCAUCCACACUUCAAUCUAUAGAGUAAGAAACAGGAAUGUGUGCAACAAUGCCUGUGAUGGCGCAGGAAAUAUAUCUUGUUUCUAGUCCGUCAGAUACAAAAUCAAAUAAAAAUACAUGUGUGGUGAUUCCAAAAACUAUUUAUCUUCAAAACGUAUUUCUUAACAAUAUAAAUCCUUGUCGAAUACAAAACAUCCA